UGACGAGGGGAAAUACGGAGCAGCAGAGCAGAAACGGAAAUUGAAGCGGUAGAGUUUGACGGGAGAAAAUUUUGAGGGGCGGGGUCUCAUAACGGAAGAAAUUACGAUGGAUCUUCAUUAGGAUUAAAUAGGGAUUAUUGGGUGAGUGAUUAGGAUCAUUUAGCUACUAUUAAGUUACGUGCAAGAGUGGAGCGUAGAGGGGAUAAAAGAACCAGGCCCUCUGUGUUUCGGAGGAACCAAACGAACGAAGUUAAGAGGGAGAGAGGAGCUUGGCGACGGUUCCGACGAUCUGAAUGCGGAAUUGCAAUAGAAGGAGCAAACGACGACUAUGAUGGUACCAGCAGUGUGUGGAAGACAGACGCCUUGACACCGGAUGAACGGCUAGGUAGAUCCGAAGCAAGAGCUCCAACAGGAGCCGAAGGUGAGAGGUAGAUUGUCGCCGGCUAAGGUAAAAUCGAUCAGGGUUGGAGAAUCAGUUGCCCGCAGUGGGAAGUCCAGGGCUUCGGUGUCGAGCGGUGGGAGCAGCUUCCUGAUUACGAUUGGUUAGGUAAGGUAUGAGAUUUUCUUUCCUCUCCGAUUGGAUUAAAUUUAUCAAGUGUCGGUGAUGUUUGGAAGACGUGCAUAUAUGGCUUCGUGGGUAGACUUUGAAGUUGGAUUGGGGAUGAGAACAAUUGUAAUGGGUUGGUGGAAACUAAAUAGAUAUGAGCAGACUUAGUGAAAGUGAAUGGUUAUGGCAGUGUAUGGUUAUCAUGUAAAUUAGCUAAUGGGAUUUAUUUUUGGAGAAUGAUUGUGGGGUAAAUGACAAAGUUGGCAUAGUAAUGGUGGGUCAACUUGGGAUUAAAGUUAAAUAUGAUGGAUGGGUAUUCUGAUGAUGGAGUUUUAUCUUCAUUAGAGAAUUAUUGGAGCAAAGUUAUGGGGUCUAUUCAAAAGAGGAUCAAAGCUGGUGGUUGAUAAGUCAAUUGAUGUGAGUAAUCAGGUGAGUGUAAAGUGGGUAAAUUCUACGCCUUACAUGUUCAAGUAUUUGCUUUACGUGAAGUGUGUGUGCACUGUUUGAUUUAUGAUUGUGUUGAUUAUGCAUGCUUCGAUUUGAGUUAUUGUUUGGAGCAUUUCAAUAUCUACGUUUAAGAAUUUAAGUUCAUGUUCUUAUGACGGUUAAGAACGAGUAUUUUUAAUGCUUCAUCGUUUACUAAGUUAUGGUGUUAAGAGUAAGACAUAGUCACGAGUAAAGAUAAAUAACCUCGCUUAGCUAGCCACUAGCUAGACAGAUCCCUACCGAACGGUGAUAAGUUCCGUGGUAGUUGAUCACUACCGGAUGGUGAUACGUUCCACGGUAGUUGGUCAGGCUUGGAGCCGGACGGUGAUGAGUUCCGCGGUUUCCAUUGCCUAGGUUUAGGUGUGCUACCGGAUGGUGAUACGUUCCAAGGUAGUCACGUCGUAGUUUGACACCGGAUAGUGAUUUGUUCCGCGGUGGUCAAACCCAUUUGAGGGGCACCCCUUGGCGAGGGUAGCCAUGUUUAAGUAAGUAAGUAAGAAAGUAAGUAAGGCUAGUAGUGGCGCCAGCUAAGUCGAGAUAGGGGUCCCAUAAUAAGAUAAAGGAAGAAAUAAUACGCUUUUAAGAGUUAAAGUUUAAAAGGCGGAAGUACACACAACUUCCAUAAGUUUAAGUAAGUGUUUUAAGCAAAGUGCUCAAGUACUAAAAGUAAUAAACGUGAAGGCGUAGAUUGACCCCAUCUCACUCACCAGUUUGAAGAGCUAGAGGAGCUAAAGGAGCAAUUAGUGAGCGGCGAGUUCGAGGGCAGCCAGCUAGAGGAGGGCAGUAUAAACGUCACGGAGGAUGCUUAGUCAAGGUUUUCAGUAGCAACAAUAUUAGAGAUUAUUAUUUAUUUACAUUUAUGAUUAUGAGUAUAGACUGGAGAUCAUUUUGAGAAUUUAAGUUUUGAGUUUGCCCAUUUGUUAGGGCACUGCAUUGAAUUACAAGUGUGUGUUUUCAGUAUUUUAUUUAUGAAAAAUUUUCCCACUGCAAUUUAUUAUUUGAGUAUUUUAUUUAUCAAUGACAUUUUAGUAAAAGUAGUACCAGGCCGGGUUAGGGUGUUACAUCGGUCACCUGAGGUGGAGUCAUGUUCGUCAACCUCCCUUGGCAAAAAGAAUCGAUGAGAAUCUUGUCAUGUUGAAUGAGACCGCCAUAGAAAGUUUCUAUCCGAAAUUGUUCCUCGAAUCCAUGGUGAGGGCAUUGGAGGAAGUAGUCCGAGAAUCUUUCCCAUGCAUCCCUCAAUGUCUCAUCUUCCUCUUGCUCAAAGUGAGUGAACUUCUUCCUCCACUCGGCCGUCUUGGAAGGAGGACAAUAUCGGGUCAUAAACUUAUUGAGCAAAUCAUCCCAUGAGGUAAUUGAGCGAGCCGGUCGGUUGUUGAGCCAUCGAAGCGCUUUCCCCGCAAGAGAGUAGGGGAAUAGCCUCAGUUGCAAUGCCUCCGCAGGGACACCAUUUAUCUUCAAACUUCCCGCAAGCUUAAGGACCCUCUGAACAUCGUUAUGAGGGCGAGCUUGAUUUCAAAGUUGUUGGCGGCCACGGGUGGAUGUAAGAUGGGAGAUUGAAUAUCUGCUGCCGGUGGAGCCAUGUAGUACCCAUAGUCCUUGGUUCAUCCUCAGCUCCCGCUUCCUCAUUUGGGUCCGGAGGCGGCUUAGCACCUUGUUGUUGACGCCAUCUCAACUUCAAUUUCUACUUCAACUCCUCUAACUCUCGGACCAACUUGAUGUCCCAUCUCUUCAAUUAUCAUUCUUGCUUCCGCUAACUCCCUCUCACGAGCCAAGAGUCAUAGAGUGCGGUUGAGGUUCUCGUCUAGUGUUGCUAAAGGUGUCAGAUUGCUCCGGGUCAUACACCUCCUUGCACACAAUCAAAAGAACCACAACACGUCCAGCACAAGCAAAAUCCACACAAGCAAAACUAAAAAUAAAACCUAGAUUAACACCAAACAAUAUUUUCAAGAUAACGGGCCUAAGCUCCCCGAAAACGGCGCCAAAAACUUGACUCAUCCCCAAUAUCACACUUAAAUCCAACCUAAGGCUCAAGUAUAAACCUUAAAUGGGUGCAAUAUAGGGCAAGUAUGUUUAAAUAUCAACCCGGACCGACCCAUUGAUUCGGGGCCAAAUGUACACAUUUUAUCACCUCUUUCUUGUUCAUUUAGCUUACUAAAUCACAGUCCCUCAACCUAUUUUAUGAUAUGUUGUGCUUGUUUUGGUACAUUUCAAGACCUAGCACGUGUGGGAAGGUCCGGGACGAGUUUCAGGUCAUUCAGAGGUCAAAACGAGCCAAAAAGUGGAGGUUGAGCCUUGUUCACGGGCUGGAGCUUCAGUUCACGGUCUCUAUGACCGUGAACAGAAGGCCUAGACCGCGAAGUGACCAAUUUCCAGAACGGUUUUGCAAGUUACUGACCUCAAGUCAGUUCAUGAUCUAAGACCGUGAAUUGAAGCCCCAUGCCGUGAACUGGGCCCUAUCGGACAAAUAUAAAGACAACAGCGGGGAGAGAGAAAGGAGAGCUGGUUUUUAGAGAGGAAAUAGUUUCUUUCUCUAGGGUUUCGACCCAAAACACCAAAGGGGAGUUCUAGAGAGAGAGAGAGAGAGAGUUCUUGAGUGAUCUUGGAGCUUAAUUGAAGGCAUUGAUCAAGCUUGGAAGCAAAGAAUCAAGCCUAGAAAAAGAAGAUCUUGGGCUCCAAUUUUUAAUCUCUCUCCUCUCUCUCUAGAAACUCACCCCUUCUCUUGGGUUUAAGAACCAUAGAUCUAGAUUUUGUGUCAUUUUUGGUGUAUGUGACAAAUUCUAUCUUUGAUUGAUGAAUUUAUCUAUUUGAUGGAUGUUUGGUAAGGGUUGAAUGAGUUUGGUUUCCUUGACUUGUCAAUUGCGCUUUGACCUAGGAGGGAGAAAUAUCCUUAGAGCCCCCUAUUGGCGUCUUCGGGUCACUCUUAUCGUAUAUUUUAGGGGUAAUCCCCGAGGGAGUUGAUUCCAUUGGUCUCCCUGCAAUAUAUGAAACCCUAGGUUGAUUAGAGCUCCUACCCAUCCAUCACUUCACCGUUCCGGGUCCGUCUCGAGUGAGUCAAUCUCAUAACGGUAGGAUAGUGAAUCGAUCGAGUUAGAAUAGUACUCAACAUCGAUCCAAAGGCUAGAAAUAGGGAGAAUUUAACCCAAGAGAGCUCCCAAACCUUGUAAAUAGUUAGGUUAGUGGUUAGCUAGGUUAGUUAGUUUAGUCUUUCCUAAUCACCACCCUAGGUUGGCUAGAUAACAAACCCUAAACCUGAAGUAGGGUAAGCCUAGAUCCCCGUGGUAGGAUAAAUUCUUAUUGCUUGCUUUCCCUAUGCUACACUCGAUCGGCGAUUAUACUUGGCCUUCGAUUGGGAUGUUGUAGUUAGAACUAGUCAAGUUUUUGGCGUCGUUGCCGGGGAACCAUUCUAGGUUAUUUGAAAAUGGGUUAGGUCGUUACUUUAGCCGUUUUGUUUUUAUGUUUUGUGUUGUUGACCCAUUCUUCUCUUGAAGGGUGGUUUUUUUGUUUGAUUUUUUUGUGUGUGUAGGUUUUGAAUCAUGGAUCCUUACGACUUCACCGACAUAUGGGGGUAUCCACCACCACUUGAGAGUGGUUACCCCAGAGCUUCAUGGGACGAGAAAAAUGGGGGAAACCUAAGAUCUGGGUUCUAUUACCAACCCCCCCCCCCUUCCAAGAGGAACAAACAUACCAAUGGGGGUAUCAAGAAACUUCCCCAUAUGAAGAAAACUACCCUCCUCAAACCGAGGAGACAUCCAAGUUGGAGUUGGCUUUCAUGGGGCAUACCUCCGCGAACUUGGAUCUCCCCCAAUCCUAAGUGAAGUCUAAGUUGGAUCUUUCCAUGGAGAAAUUUGAAAGAACAAGCUCUAACAGUGAUUUCCAACCCCUCCCUCCACCUGAUUUGACUCUUGAAGACAAGGUGGAACGAGCUUGUGCAAACUAUCGCCUCUCAUCAUUGAAGGAGAAAGCGGAGGGUGAAGGAGCGAUCAAUGACAACUCUGUGGAGCAAGACAGACUCUCCCCUAAGAGCUCCCUUGGUGAGGAUGAACUAGAAGGUUGCAUUGAUGACUUUCACACCCUUCCCGAAAGCCACUUUGAAGACCAAGUCACGAGUGUGGAGGAGCAAGAGAAUCCUUUCUAUGAUCUUGCAUGGCAUCUUGUCCUCCAAACCGUGUUUGAGGACAUGAAUGGGAAGGAGAAAGAAGAGGUUAAAGAGGAGGAAGUGAGCAUUAAAGAGGAGGAAGAUCUUGGUUGUUCUCAAGGGGAGGAAAUUGGAGAAGAAGGAAGGGAGGUUGAUGAAGAAGGAGAAGGAGCAAGUGGUUUCCAAGAUGAGGAAAUGGUCAAGGUCGAUGAAGCAUCCACAAGUUACAAGAGUUACCAAUGCUUUCAACCGGACCUUGAUGCGCUUUUAGAGAAGGACCCAAUUGCGGCUCUUUGCCAAGCCAAGGACAAACCAUAGGCGAUCCCUCUUUGUGGAUAUGAUGGAAGUAAAUGGAGUUUGCACUACAUGGUAUGGGGUAAGGAGAUGAAGAAAGAAGGAAAGAAGGAGAGGUCUCGUCGGUGGAGCCUCAUGAAAACUCAAGUUCAAGAGCCCUCAACUUCAAGGAUGUUCUUAGGUGGACCGAAACUUGAGGAGCAACCGUCCGACUCACGACGUUAAAGAAGCACUUGGUAGGAGGCAACCCAACCAUCAUUGGUUUGUAUCUCUUUUCCUUUCAAUAAGACGACCAUUGGAGA